CGAUCUCACGGACCCCCUUCCAUUCCUCUCCUUCACAUCAUUUUUUUCCUUCAUUAUUCAUUCCUUCUUCUUCUUCUUCUCAAUCUCAAUUCCUUAGUUUGAAAACCCACUUGAAUUCUCUUUUCAGUCUCGGUUCAAUUCCUUUUCCCUCAUCAUUCCCAACCUCAGCCAUGGAGGACAAGCUCAUUGCUCUUGAAUCCGCCCCUACAAUUGAAGAUCACGACGCCGCCCUCACUUCUCACCCCCAUGUUGACCAUGGCUGGCAAAAGGUUACCUACGCUAAGCGCCAAAGGAAGACCAACAAGCCCUCUAACGAUCUUCUUUCCACCAAGAUUGCCUCUAAUGGUACUGUUCCCGGUGCAGACAAUGUUUUCCGAUCCCUUGAGCAGAAAUCGGAGGAGCGCCGACGCCGAAUUGCGGAGGCCAAGGCGGCUGCUAUUGAUGCUGAUGAGGCUGUUCCGGUUAGAUCGAAGAUCAGGUCUGACGACGAGGAGGGUGAGGAUAGUGAUGGAGAGGGUGUCGAGAAUGGAAAACCUAAUGAGGAGGCCAAGAAGGUGAAGCCGAAGAAGCCGAAGAAGCCUAAGAUUUCGGUGGCCGAAGCCGCUGCCAAGAUUGAUGUGAACGAUCUGUUGGCGUUUUUGACCGAUGUAUCGGGCUCGUACGAGACUCAGCAGGAUAUUCAGCUGAUGAGGUUUGCGGAUUAUUUUGGUCGCGCAUUCUCGGGCGUUAGCGCUUCUCAAUUUCCGUGGGUCAAAAUGCUUAGGGAAUCACCGGUAGCCAAGAUUGUUGAUAUCCCACUGUCUCAUAUUUCUGAGGAUGUUUAUAAGGCAUCAGUUGACUGGCUUAACAAACGUUCUCUUGAGGCGCUCAGCUCGUUUGUUUUAUGGUCCUUAGAUAGCAUUCUUGCUGACUUUGCAAGUCAACAAGCUAGUACCAAAGGCUCUAAAAAGGGAGUACAACACGCUUCAUCAAAAUCUCAGGUUGCCAUAUUUGUAGUCCUAGCUAUGGUUUUACGAAGAAAACCUGACAUCUUAAUUCACGUAUUGCCAACAAUAAGGGAAAACUCAAAGUAUCAAGGACAGGAUAAGCUUCCAGUACUUGUGUGGAUGAUAGUCCAGGCUUGUCAAGCCGAUCUUGCAAUUGGACUUUAUGCAUGGGCACAUAACCUUUUGCCCAUAGUUAGUGGUAAAAGUUGUAAUCCCCAGUCUAGAGAUCUAAUUCUCCAGCUAGUGGAAAGAAUCUUGUCCUAUCCGAAAGCUCGUACUAUUCUAAUAAAUGGUGCAGUAAGGAAGGGAGAGCGCUUGAUUCCACCUUCUUCAUUUGAGAUACUUCUCCGGGUUACUUUCCCUGCAUCGUCAGCUAGAGUGAAGGCUACCGAAAGGUUUGAGGCUAUCUAUCCAACCUUGAAGGAGGUUGCACUUGCUGGCUCUCCUGGUAGUAAAGCAAUGAAACAAGUUUCACAGCAGAUAUUUAGUUUUGCUGCCAAAGCAGCUGGAGAAAGUGUUUCAGAGCUAUCUGGAGAAGCAACUAACAUUUUCAUUUGGUGUUUGACUAAAAAUGCUGAUUGCUACAAGCAAUGGGACAAGAUUUAUCAGGAUAACCUAGAAGCGAGUGUCUCUGUUUUGAAAAAACUUUCGGAUGAUUGGAAAAAAUAUUCUCUACAACUGGCUCCAUUUGAUGCUUUGAGAGAAACAUUAAAAAGUUUCAGAAUCAAGAACGAGAAGGCAUUGGCUAAUGAAGAAGAGGACGGACGCCAUUCAAUAUACAAGGAGGCAGAUAAGUACACAAAGGCGAUACUGAACAGGGUUUCUCGAAGCCAUGGAUGCCUGAAAAGUAUGGCAUUUAUUGUCAUCGCUCUAGGUAUCGGUGCUGCAGUCAUGUCCCCAAACAUCGAGUCUUUGGAUUGGGAGAAACUCACUGCUUUCAUCCCGCAACACUCUUUCUGAGUUGGGCCAUUGGGCGUUACUCUAAUGCAACCUAUUUGCGCUCGAUGAAGCCAACCUUGGCUCCUUUCAUGGGCGGGAAACCAAAAGACACCUGGUACCAAAAUUGCAACAAUAGUGAGUCAGUGCUUUUACAUCCUUUUUAAGUUCCUGAUAGGGAUGCAAAAGUAGUAGUGGUAGUGGUAAGGUUUUAAGUUAAUACUGCUUAAAAAGGCUCAAUAGCCAUUUUAGCAUCUUUUGAUUGGAUUUAUGACUUUGUUUUUUUUUUUUUUUUUUUUGCUUUUACAUUUGUUGUUAGGUUUGUUUAUGUUAUUUGCCCUCUCUAACCUUCACAGUCUCGGCAUUAGAUGAAAAAGGGAGUUGGAUACAAAUGUAAUUUCGGAAGAAAGAAUGUGUUUCAUUUUCAAAUGGAAUUUUGUAACUUACA